GCUCAAGAAGCUUCUCCUCCUGUGUGAUUCUCCUUCAAUCGCCGGCGAUGAUUCCUCUAACUCUUUCGUCGCCGUCUCUGAAUCGGCUCGUUUUAUUCACCUCACGUUACUCUCACCCUCCAUUUCUCCGCAAUUUCAAUUCGCUCCCUCUGAUCCACCGGAAAUUUAAACCCCUUUUUGGCGUAAGGUGUCACGCUAGUAGCAGCAGCUCUUCCUCCUUCACCGCAAAGUCUUCCAAAGAGAUUCGUAAAGCUCAAACCAACGUAGUUAUCGACGAGAAGCUUACCGCUAUCCGGCGGCUGUUUGCUGAUCCGGGUGUUGGAAUCGAUGCUUAUAUCAUACCUUCACAAGAUGCACAUCAGAGCGAGUUCAUCGCAGAGUGCUAUGCGAGGAGGGCUUAUAUAUCAGGAUUUACUGGUAGUGCUGGUACCGCUGUUGUCACCAAGGAUAAAGCAGCGCUAUGGACAGAUGGCCGCUAUUUUCUCCAGGCGGAGAAGCAAUUAAACUCUAGUUGGAUUCUCAUGCGUGCUGGUAAUCCGGGAGUCCCCACGGCAAGUGAAUGGGUAGCUGAUGUUUUGGCUCCUGGUGGAAGAGUUGGUAUUGACCCUUUCCUUUUUUCCGCCGAUGCUGCUGAGGAAUUGAAGGAGGUUAUAGCGAAGAAGAAUCAUGAGUUGGUUUACUUGUACAAUGUAAAUCUUGUGGAUGAGAUAUGGAAGGACUCAAGGCCAAAGCCUCCAAGCAAACAAAUAAGGAUACAUGACUUGAAGUAUGCUGGUGUAGAUGUGGCCUCGAAAUUGUUGUCUCUGAGGAAUCAAAUUAUGGAUGCUGGCGCAUCUGCCAUUGUAAUAUCCAUGCUUGAUGAGAUUGCAUGGGUGCUUAAUCUGAGAGGGAGCGAUGUUCCACAUUCACCUGUAAUGUAUGCAUAUCUGAUUGUAGAGGUUGACCAAGCCCAACUCUUUGUAGAUAAUUCUAAAGUAACGGCGGAGGCGAAAGAUCAUUUGAAAAACGCAGGGAUCAAACUUAGACCUUACGAUUCCAUUCUUCAAGGAAUAGAUAGUCUGGCAGAACGAGGAGCUCAGCUCUUGAUGGAUCCAUCAACCCUCAAUGUAGCUAUCAUUAGUACCUACAAAUCUGCGUGUGAAAGAUAUUCUGAAAGUGAAGACAAAGCUAAUACGAAGUUUACUGAUAGCUCCAACGGACAUACUGCCAAUCCCUCUGGUAUUUACAUGCAAUCUCCUAUUUCUUGGGCAAAGGCCAUUAAAAAUGAUGCCGAGCUACAGGGAAUGAAGAACUCUCACUUGAGAGAUGCUGCUGCUCUAGCUCAUUUCUGGGCUUGGCUGGAAGAAGAAGUGCAUAAGAAUGCGAACCUAACAGAGGUCGAUGUGGCUGACAGGCUCCUUGAAUUCCGUUCAAUGCAAGAUGGUUUUAUGGAUACAAGCUUCGAUACAAUAAGUGGUUCCGGUGCAAAUGGUGCUAUUAUACAUUAUAAACCCGAGCCUGAGAGCUGCAGUCAUGUAGACCCUCAAAAACUUUUCUUGCUGGAUAGUGGCGCUCAAUAUGUUGAUGGAACAACAGACAUCACCAGAACAGUACAUUUUAGUGAACCUUCUGCCCGAGAAAAAGAAUGUUUCACUCGAGUUUUGCAGGGUCAUAUAGCUCUUGAUCAAGCCGUGUUCCCAGAAGGUACUCCUGGUUUUGUAUUGGAUGGGUUUGCACGCUCUUCUCUAUGGAAAAUUGGACUUGAUUACCGCCAUGGGACAGGACACGGUGUAGGUGCUGCACUCAAUGUGCAUGAAGGUCCUCAAAGUAUUAGCUUUCGGUAUGGAAACAUGACCCCUCUUCAGAAUGGCAUGAUAGUAAGCAAUGAACCUGGAUAUUAUGAAGACCAUGCAUUUGGGAUCCGAAUUGAGAAUCUCCUUCAUGUGAGAGAUGCUGAAACACCAAACCGCUUUGGUGGUGUUACAUACCUUGGAUUUGAGAAGCUUACAUUCUUCCCCAUUCAGACCAAAAUGGUUGAUGUUUCUUUGCUAUCCGACGCUGAGAUUAACUGGCUUAAUAGUUACCACUCGGAAGUCUGGGAAAAGGUUUCACCCUUAUUGGAAGGUUCUACUACUCAGCAAUGGCUCUGGAACAACACAAGACCAUGGGUGAUUCAGAAACUGACCCCUCACCUACCUUCUUGCUUCUCUACCGUUUUGUCCCCUUCGAAAAUCCUAUUCCGGCAGAGCCCAAGUUACCAAGUCUCCACUUUUCUCCUCAACCAUGUCGAUAUGAGCCUUCUCUUAUCCAUCUGCGGCAGAGAAGGCUGGUUUCCUCAUCUGGGUCCUUGUCUCCAUGCCUCCAUUAUCAAGAAUCCUGAAUUUUUCGAGCCUGUAGAUGCUGAUAUCCAUCGAAACGCUCUUGUUGUUUGGAACUCUUUGCUUUCUCUGUAUGUGAAGUGUGGGAAGUUAGGUGAUGCGCUUAAGUUGUUCGAUGAAAUGCCCGUGAGAGAUGUUAUUUCGGAGAAUAUAGUGUUUUAUGGGUUUCUGAGGAACAGAGAGACUGAGUCUGGUUUUGUAUUGCUUAAACGAAUGCUUGGUUCAGGUGGGUUUGAUCAAGCGACCUUGACGAUUGUUUUAUCAGUGUGUGAUACGCCAGAGUUCUGUUUGGUGACAAAGAUGAUUCACGCUUUAGCAAUUUUAAGCGGUUAUGACAAGGAGAUUUCCGUGGGGAACAAACUGAUCACAUCUUAUUUCAAAUGUGGAUGUUCAGUUUCUGGGAGAGGGGUUUUUAGUGAGAUGGCACAUAGAAAUGUCAUCACUUGGACAGCUGUGAUUUCGGGUCUGAUAGAGAAUGAGUUACAUGAAGAUGGUCUAAGACUGUUUGGUUUGAUGCGUAGAGGAUUGGUCCAUCCAAACUCAGUAACUUAUUUGAGUGCUCUUGCUGCUUGUUCAGGCUCACAGAUGAUAGUGGAAGGGCAACAGAUUCAUGCCCUUUUGUGGAAAUUUGGGAUUGAAUCAGAAUUGUGCAUUGAGAGUGCGCUAAUGGACAUGUACUCUAAAUGUGGAAGCAUUGAAGAUGCAUGGAAGAUUUUCGAGUCCUCACAAGAAGUUGAUGAAGUUUCCAUGACUGUGAUAUUAGUUGGUUUAGCACAAAAUGGGUCAGAGGAAGAAGCUAUACAGUUCUUCAUUAGAAUGCUUCAAGCUGGUGUAGAGAUUGAUGCAAAUGUAGUCUCAGCUAUUCUUGGAGUUUCAUUUGUCGAUAACUCUUUGGGUCUAGGCAAGCAACUGCAUUCUUUGGUUAUCAAACGAAAAUUCUGCGGUAACACCUUUGUCAACAAUGGACUCAUUAACAUGUACUCAAAAUGCGGAGACCUGACUGAUUCACAAACUGUCUUUAGACGAAUGCCAAAAAGGAACUAUGUUUCAUGGAACUCGAUGAUUGCAGCAUUUGCUCGCCAUGGUCAUGGAUUAGCUGCCUUGAAACUAUACGAAGAAAUGACUACGCUAGAAGUGAAGCCUACAGAUGUUACCUUUCUAUCACUACUUCAUGCUUGUAGCCAUGUGGGGUUGAUUGAUAAAGGCCGAGAACUCUUAAACGAGAUGAAAGAGGUCCAUGGAAUAAAGCCCAGGACAGAGCAUUAUACCUGUAUUAUUGACAUGUUGGGUCGAGCUGGUCUUAUGAAAGAAGCAAAGAGCUUUAUAGACUCAUUGCCUGUGAAACCUGACUGUAAAAUUUGGCAAGCGUUGCUUGGAGCUUGUAGUUUCCAUGGUGAUACAGAAGUAGGGGAAUAUGCAGCUGAACAGUUGUUUCAAACUGCACCUGAUAGCUCAGCUGCUCAUAUCUUGAUGGCUAACAUAUAUUCAUCCAGAGGAAAAUGGAAGGAGAGGGCGAAGACGAUCAAGAGAAUGAAAGCAAUGGGAGUGACUAAAGAAACAGGCAUAAGUUGGAUUGAAAUUGAGAAUAAAACACACAGCUUUGUGGUUGAGGACAAAUUGCAUCCACAAGCAGAGGCUAUAUAUGAUGUUCUGUCUGAAUUGUUUCCGGUUAUGGUAGAUGAAGGUUACAGACCUGACAAGAGAUACUCAACUUCUCAGCGAUUCAUCCCCAGUUGCAGAGAGAAAAGCAGAGAUGAUCCACUCUCCAGCUCUUCACCUUACUCUAUACUCGGCAUAGAUCCAAGCUGCUCAUCUUCCGAGCUAAAGGCGGCUUUUCGUGCCAAAGUGAAACAAUACCAUCCUGAUGUAAACAAAGAGGGAAGCAACUCUGAUAUUAUGCUCCGUCGCAUAAUCCAGGCAUAUGAGAUGUUAACAAACUAUAGCCGGUCAGAGAUAAUUGAAGGAGAAUGCUUGGAUCCUUUUGACCAUCCAGAGUGUGAGGCACUUGACGUGUUUGUGAAUGAAGUCCUUUGUGCUGGAAAAAGAUGUUCGUACCCAUGCUUUAAAACAGCUUCUCAUGUCUUCUCGUGUGAUUCAUCUGGAACAGCUCGAGCAAUGUCCCAAGGACAUGGCGAAGAUUACCGUGUACAAUCUGCAGUUAAUCAGUGUCCGAAAAAUUGCAUACAUUAUGUCACACCAUCACAAAGAAUUAUUCUAGAAGAGUUACUUGACAGCAUGUUGGACAAACCUUAUGAUUGUUCCGCGGAAGCAGAGUUUCUCUAUGCUCUUAUUGUGAAAGCUAAAUUUGAGAACAAUCGGUAUCAGAAGCCAAGUAAGAAACAACCUGAAUCUUCAGGGAAACACGUAGACUGGUUCUGAAUUGACCGCUGUUUUCCCCUGCAAUACGGCUCCAGGAUGUCUGGUAGUGAGUUCUAAAAUAACCAGAAGAAUUUGAUGUGGAACAUAAAUCAAUAUGUGAAAA